AUGGGCUCAAUGCCAGAGAAAACCAUGCGUGCGCAACAGUACGACGCGCGAGACAACAAACUUCAUCUGAACGAGGUGCCUAUCCCAACACCGCGCGAGCACGAGGUCCUAGUAAAGAUGGGCUGCGCAUCCCUCUGCCAUUCCGAUGUCAUGCUCUUCGAGCCCAAUGACCAAGGCCUUAUUCUCGGCAAAAACCCUGUCACUAUUGGCCAUGAGGGAACCGGCAGAGUAGUUUCAACCGGCUCAGGAGAGGUAGCUAAGCAGUUCAAGGAGGGCGACCCCGUAGGCUUCCUUUGCGCAGUCGACUGCUGUUUUGAGUGCUACGCUUGCAAGAAUGUGCAUAACGCAUGGUGUGCGACAGGGGAGACAAAGAUACAAGGAUUUAGUUCGGACGGAUAUUUCGCCGAAUACGCAGUCGUAGAUGCUAGGGAGGUUAUCAUAUUACCCGAGAACCUGGAUCCCAAAACGUCAGCACCCCUUUUCUGCGCAGGCGUGACAGCCUACCACGGUAUCGCAGAUUGUCAGCUACCCGCCGGCUCCUGGCUCGCGGUAAUUGGAUGUGGUGGCCUCGGCCACAUGGGUAUUCAAUACGCCAAAGCCAUGGGUCACAAAGUCAUCGGCAUCGAUAUCACAGACGCUGCGAUAGAAGAAGCUAAAUCCUGCGGCGCAGACUAUACCUUCAACUCAAUGACGGACAAAGACUACAAGAAGAAGAUUGUAGAGCUUACCGGAGGCGGUGUACAUGCUGCAGUAAAUUUCACAGCGUCAAAGAAGUCUUAUGAUGAUUGCCCGGCGAUUGUCAAGCCUGGUCAGAGUAUGAUUAUGGUCGUAGGCAUUCCGCAGCAGCCGCUCGAAUUCAAUGGAUUGGAUAUUGCUUUGGGAAGGUAUCAAAUAAAGGGGUCGAGUAACGGGACAUGCUACAAUAUGAGGGAGGCGAUUGAGUUCUCGGCGAAACAUAACAUCAAGCCGCAUAUGACCGCCUUUAAGCUUGAGGAAGUGCCGAAGAUGGUCGAGCUGAUGAAUGCACACAAAGCGAAGGGACGGAUGGGUGUUGUAUUCGACUAA